AUGUGGCUGUCAACCACAAAGAUCCUGCUUCCCUGCGUUUCGCUUCUGUUGCCAUCCCUGUCAUUGGCUCAAUGUCCACUCUAUCAGAAUUACGCCGCCCAUUACCAUGAGCCUUACACAGAAGGAACAUGGAACUUAAGCUACGCCAGACCGAUUGUACCGUGUCGGACAUUUCGUUCGCGACAGGUUGAGGAUACGAUUGAAAGGUUGAGAGGUGUAAUCAAAGAUGUUGAUCUCUUUCGCAUCUUCGAAAACUCCUGGCCCAGUACACUAGAUACGACGAUUGAAUGGCGAGGGUGGUCAAACACCACGAGUAACCUAGACGAGCUUGAAGGUCCGCUCAUGAGCAUGAAACCGGAAGAACUGACUUUUGUCAUUACCGGCGACAUCGAAGCAAUGUGGUUGCGCGACUCGGCAAACCAGCUUCAAGCAUACGUCUCCGUCUUGAAGAAAGACGACAGCCCAGACAGCCUGGCCAGUCUUUUUCGAGGCGCCAUCAAUCUGCAAGCACGCUACAUCCUCGAGAAUGCGUUUUGCAAUGCAUUCCAAGCGCCUGAUGAAAGUGGCGUCGUACACAAAAGCAGUCUGAAUAGCGACCGCAUCACACCGUUGUUCGACUACUACAAAGUGUUUUCCUGCCAAUGGGAGCUAGAUUCCCUGGCUUCGUUCCUGCAGCUCUCUGUCGAUUAUGUGACUGCAACAAGGGAUUAUGAUUUCUUCCAGAAUUCCAGUAACUGGACCAAAGCCGUUGAAGUCGUGCUUGAAACAGCAGAAAGCAUGACUAUAGACAGCUACACCGAAGACGGCGAAUGGCAACAUACCCCUUACACCUACUGCGCACCUUACGGCGGCACUCCAAUCAACAACUGUAAUGGCAGUCCUCACAGAGGAAACAUUGGCCUCAUACGCUCUUUCCACCGCCCCAGCGACGAUGCGUGUACAUACCAGUACCUUAUCCCUUCCAACAUGAUGUUUUCGUCCGCCCUCAACACCUCUUCAACAAUAACAUCGCGAAUCAUGCCCCGCACCAGCGGCCUAACAGCACGCAUGCAAGCCUUGAGUACGGCCAUCAAUCGCGGCAUAGAAAAGUACGGAAUAGUUUCGGACCCCACCUAUGGCAAAAUAUACGCCUACGAAGUCGACGGCUACGGUUCUGUCAAUAUCAUGGAUGAUCCCAAUGUGCCCUCUCUUCUCUCAGCUCCUUUUCUUGGUUAUACGACGCUGCGCGACCCCAUCUACCAGAACACGCGACGCAAGAUUCUGAGCAGGGAUAAUCCGUACUAUGCUGUCGGACCUGUAAUCACUGGUGUUGGGAGUCCGCAUACACUACCUGGCAGACCGUGGCCUAUGGCGCUUAUCAUGACAAUAUUGACUAGUGAAGACGACACGGAGAUUGUUCAGAAUUUGAUGUGGCUAGUGCAGAGUACGGAUGGCUUGGGUCUCAUGCAUGAGAGCGUGCAUGCGAGGGAUAAAGCAGUGUGGAGUCGGCAGUGGUUCAGCUGGGCGAAUGGGCUGUUCGGGCAGAUGAUCUUGGAUUUGGAGAAGAGAAGGCCGUGGAUUCUGGGUAUGAGUUUUCAGUAG